AUGGCGACAAACUUUAUACACAUUGGAGACAUUGUGUCAUUAUAUGCCGAAGGCACAGUCAGUGGAUUUCUCUCGACCCUUGGAUUGGUUGAUGAUCGUUCAGUUGUGCAACCAGAUGCUGGAGAUUUGAACAACCCACCCAAGAAGUUUCGGGAUUGCCUCUUCAAGAUAUGUCCCAUGAACCGCUACUCAGCCCAGAAGCAGUUCUGGAAGGCAGCAAAACAAACCUCGUCCAUGCCGGACUCGGUGCUUCUUCAGCGCCUCAAG